AUGAUCGUCCAGAUGAUCGAAUGGACACAAAUACCUACUUCCUCGCCUCAAGCCUGCCACGGUCGCCGCGGCCACACGACUACCGUCUACUGGGCCUUGGGCGCCAGGCUGUUUAAGCUUUGGGGUCAGGUUACGUUCAUGUCUCGUCACCCUGCCAGUGACAUGCUGCGUAUCCCUGAACAGACUGCCUCAAGGAUAAAGGGAACAGCCGAGGAAGGUGCCCUGGGUGCUUGGGAACUUCGUACAGAGUACCAAUGCAGUCGGAAAGAAGGAAACGGCAAGGAAGGAAGGAAGCAGCAGUUAGAACGACUCUUGCUCCUUCCCCACGUCCCACGUUUCCACAGUACGUCCUCGCGCCGUGCCAUGGACGCCCACGCCCACGCCCAGGGCACCCAGGGCACGCCCACCCGCCCACUUCAGUGCUGUAUGAUGUAUUCCGUACCAAAUGGAAGGCACCAAAAUACACCAAGGGGCAAGGUACCUCCUUCCUUACGUACCGACAUCUACGCCCACGCUCACGUCCCUUCCUGGAAUCCUCGCACCCGUCCCGUCGCCCCCCAGUUCGGUCCUUCCCUUCCCUUCCCAAACCCACGACCGCUUCUCUUUUCGUCCGUCACCGUUUCUCUUCCUCCCAGUCCCCCUCCCACCCGCUUACCCAUUCCUGCAGCAGUCGUCUUCCUAUCUUCCUCUUCUGCUGGAGAUCUUCGCAUUGCAACCUCCAAUCGCCUAUUCCCGUGCCCGUUUGUUGGCUCAACUGAUCUGCAAUAUUGCGACUGCGAAUCAUCCGCCUUCUUCACUCGCCUACAUCACCCUCUCGCCUCCGAUCCCGCCGCCUCGAACAACCCACCCCCGGCACCUUCGUUUCCCACCAUCCUCGCAACUCAUCUCGCCUUCGCCUAUCCGCUCCUUGGAACCGGCCGAACCCCGCGUACAGAGCUGUUUAUUUCGCAUCGAGAGCAAUUCCACACAGCAACAAUUGUAUUUGCCUACACCGUCGAACAUUUGCUUCUACAGCAUCUGGUGCCGAGCACACGACAACUUUCCGUUGCUGUCUUUGCGCAGACACUUGGUGUCACCGCAUUUAUCAUCAAUCAUUCUAUCCUGCCGGCAAAUUGUCGUGUCGAAAGCGACUAG